CAAACUAGAAGAUAAGAAAAAGUAAUGAUUGGAAGUAAACAAACUUUUACGCUCGUAACAACUUUGACCUAACAGCUGAUAGUAGUCACGUCCGCAGGCUUGCUGCGGUGUCGCCGACUAUAUAUAUAGGCUAUAUAAGUUGCUGGCAACAAUCCUGUAGCUGACAACAAAGAAAAUGUUUUCCAAGACAGUGACUCGACUUGCAACUAAAUGCAAAAACAGCAUUCGUGUUAGAAGUAGAAAUGUGACGUCAAAUGCGACUGCCGAGCGCUUCCAUCCUUCAUCUUUAGAAAAGAAGAUGGUUUGGAAUAACAACUUUGCUGCCAUAGAAAACAUUCCUAAAUGCGUCUCUCGAUAUACGGUGGAACGUGCUAGAGAUUUAACUAGGAUUAAAAUGAAUGCGUUACUUAUGAUUGUCACCGUCGUGGGAUUUGUAGGAAUGGUGGCGAGUGGAAAAUUAGCAGCUAAGAGUGGGGAUUCUGUUAUGAUGGAAAAUAUGCAGUGGCACGAGAACGUUAAAAGGCCAAUUAAUUAAAUGAGUAGUAAUCGUUACCAUUUUCAUUUUAUUUUUAUUAAUGCAUUUCUAUGGGAAAUUUAUCAAAUUUUAUAUAAGCCAGUUUCUACGCAUCUCAUAUAGACUGAUGAAGAACAAAAUGAGAAAGUAAUGUGUAAUUUUAAAGGCCUAUUAUUUGGUCUAUUACGUGGUUUAUAUAUAUAUAUAUCCUAUAUAUAACUCGACGGGUAAAAUAUAUUUGCAAUUUAUAAUGUAAUGGCAUUAUAUUGUA